AUGGGAAAACAACUACCAUCUGAGGCCCAGAAGACUGCCUUCAUCGUCCUCGGCAUAAUUUUUUCCUUAACCGGGCUUGUUACGACGUUUCUCUUCCAACAAAUCUCCAAGAAGGAUAAUGACCUUCGCCAGCGUGGGCGGUACCUGGUCACUAUUCAGGGAUACUCCGAGACGAUAUUCCUCACAGUCAUGCUCUACAACUCAGCAUUUUCAGCUACAAUACCUUGUUUCAUUAUCUUCCAUGCGAGUUAUCUCGUCCUGGUCCCCUUCGUGCUUGUCUUGACGGGCAGAGCGUGGCGUCUUAUCACUCGUAUCCAGCGCAACCAAGACAUUUACCAAACCAGGUUCGCCGACCCUACAGAUCUCGCCGAGUUGACAAGGGCGGCUUCAACACAAGGCAACAAGUCCAAGGAGAGGACACUGCUUCCCGCUCGUGGUCACUCCAGCAGUCGUCUGAGCCCCUCUCUCGUCAACCUGACCUCGCUCAGACAACAAUCGUCACAGUCUCGGCCUCAGCAGGACACCAUUGACCAACACGACCGUGUCUUCGAGUUGACCGAAAAGUCCCAGAAGGAUAUCGCCCGUUCCAACAAAUGGUACAACCGAUACAAGAAGGCCACUGACCGCCAAAUGGUCAUCACAGGCGUAACCUACAUGACUAUAAGUGUCAUCAUCGACGUAGUAUUCAUGAUCGCGACAAGACCAGUGAUGUUGACGAUUGACCAUGGAGAGGGUUCUUGUCCCGUCGAGUUUCUGCCGUAUCUGUUCCCUUAUAUUACGUAUUUCAUCUUCUUGUUCAUCCUGUCGCCGACUAUGAUCUACCAGCUCAACGGAGUCAACGACGGCUACGGUAUUCGCAAGGAGCUCAUCUGGAUCUCGCUGUUCUCCCUCCCAUGUAUCUCCCUGUUUUUUGCCCUCCCAAGAAUCGCCAAGCCCAUCACGGAUGUCGUUGAUGAGGUGUACUUCAUGGGACUUAUCCUCGUUGCUGCACAUAUACCGAGUAUCAUCAUGCCUCUCAUCCGUCAUUACAGGGCCAAUCCCUACCGGUGCCGCUGCCGGAACAGGAAGGAACACGCAGCAAAGGGUAAUGGAGGAACUGGCGCCACGCACACGGAUAGAGACCAUGGUCGAGGCCGGAUAGUCGUGACGAGCGCCAACAACGUGCCAUUGGAAGAAGGAUCGACCCAGCCGUUCGCAAGGCAGCAGUGGUUUAACGGCAGCAACGGACAACUUUCACCCCCUGUCGAGACCAAGUGCAACCAACAAGGCGAACGCGAUCAACUUCCCCUCCAUACCCAGCACACCAACCAACAGGAGAACAACACCAGUGGCUUCAACGCCGGCAUUAAGAACAUUAUCCGGAAUCAGCAACGCCAUCGAUUCGGUUUCGGUUCGUCCGAGCAUGCAGAGACUAUCAGACACAUAAAGACGGACUGGGAUGAGUUUAUCAAGGCAUUGGAGGACAGGAGGAUGUUUGACCAUAUCAGUGCCUUCACGGUUGCCGAGUUUUGUGCAGAAAACACCCGGUUUCUGUACGAGGUCGCGCGUCUGGAGAAGAGAGCAACGCAGUAUGAGAGGCUUCGAGAGUUGACGUCGGGUUCUCAGGAUGCUGUCGAGCCGGUCGGCAGCACAACGGAUCUGUCGACACUGGCACAACAAGAGGAGGAGGAGGUCGAGAAGGGGUCGAACGUCGGUGCGCGUGAGUCGACUCUUGGACCUCUUCCCACCCACUUUGGAUCAGCACAUCGACUUCAGCUGGACGACGGGAAGGGCUCUCAGCGGAUCAAGAAGAUUGUCUCUGUCUCGUCCGUUUCAUCGACAAUGCCCAUGCUAGGAUCGCGCCGUUCUUCCUCCUCGCUCUUUGACGAAUCCGAGCCAUCAUCGCCCUUAGGUUCCUCGUCCCACUCCACAUUCAAACGGUACGGAGGUAGCUCAACUGCGCUUCCAGACCUCGAGGAAGGCAUCUCGGAAAACCAAGAAGCCGGCAACCCUACCGUGCCUAUCCAUCUCGACAUUAUCAACAUGCCCAACACUCCCUUUGCUCCACUGCCCAUGCCACCUACCUUGCUGAUCCAGUUCGAGUACGUGUAUAACACUUUCAUUGCCUCAGGAGCGCGUUUGGAGCUCAACCUCUCUCACGAGACUGUACAGGAGAUCCACCAAAGGGCUAAGAAGCGCGAAUGGGGCUCUGGCAUGUUUGACGGCGCGACCUUUGAGGUCCAGGAACUCCUCUUCCGCGAUGUUUGGCCCAAGUUCGUGUCAUCCUCCCGUGGUCUGCUGGCGUUCGAGCCAGAUGAGCCAGAGUACCAGCCAACGGACAAGUUUGGAACGACAAGCAUGGGUAGUCGGACGACUGUCUUCCUGCCCUUUGAUCAUCAUCAGCUGUCGCGUCAGGCCACAGGUCCGUCUCCCGCGCAUUCAGUCAGGUCACCAAAGUCGUCACUCUCCAAGGCGGCUUCCACGAGAUCGGCGGCAACCCCAUCGGUCGAGCCGAGUGCAGGAGCUGCCAGUGGUAGUGCUCAGUGUGACACCUUCUCGGAGGAACAUUCGCGGACCGGCUUCAAGACUUGGCUCGACAAAAAGAACCGUAGCGGCAUUACAGCUGCAACGUUGAUUUCGCGAGAGGGUGAUACCGAGGAGUCUUUGGGUAUCAUUGAGCAGAGUCGUAGAAGCACGGCCGACAGGAGAAGCGACGCCUCCAAUCUCUACUCCAACUCGACCUUAAUCCCACCUGCAUAG